AUGGAUUCUUUCCAGUCGGCCAUCUCCGCGCAUCUCAGCAUUGCAGCGGCCAGUGCACGGGAAUCCACGCAUGGAUUGGACACCACAGAAGCUUGGAUCUUGUUUGCCGCUGGCACAAAUCCAGAUGCAAGGCCAGCCAUAAUCUGGUUUUGGGGCGUCGCAUGUGUACUCUCUGUUGCGCUUUUCUUUGUGCGGUGGCUGAUGGCAGCCGGCGGUGGUACGAGCCUUCAGCUCUUCGUUGAGAUGUAUCACAUGUGUGAAUUGGUAACACCUUUUGCACCAGCUAUGGCCAUGAUGGCAUGUGCAGGCCGUCGGUGGUGUAUUCAAUGUGCAAUCGGUGCUGUCGCUUUCGCAUAUCUUUCUAGGUUGUUGCCACUCCCACCAAUAUUCGGCAACGACCCCAAGCUUAGCAGGCUUGUCCCCGAGCUGUCAUCUUCGCUUUCCGUGUUCGAUGUUCGCAUCUUCAGCGGAGGUGGGUUCUAUGAUGAGAGGCCACUGCAAUCUGUCCUGCUUCUCAUGGCCAUGGUGGCAACUGGUUGGCUCAGCAUUCCAUGCCGAUCCCGAGCUGACAGAAUUGGCAUGGUGCUGUCCGUCGCUUUUCCAGGCUACGUUGUCGCUACAACCAUCUCUAACGAGAGUCUCGCGCUCGUCUUUAUCGGAAAAGAGCUUGAGUGCGACGGCUCGAAUGCCUGCCGAGCUAAAGCAACCGUCAUUGCAUGCAUGGCAGCAAGUUUCGCACUGAAUGGAAUUUCUUGUUUAUUGCAUCUGGAAUUUGCCAGACAGGUGCGGGCUGCAGUUCCGAUGAGAGUUCACCAAGGAUACCAGACCAAGCAGACCACCUGGUGGAUAUUGGCCGCUGCCUGUUUUUUGACGGUGGUGGCGUAUGCGGCUGUGCUGAUUCUGUGGGGGACAUCCCGGCAGGAAGACCCUGUUCAACGCACUCACUGGGAACUCAUCGCAACUAUUGGGUGGGCUGCACUCACCGACUUCGGGAUGUGGCUCAUCGCGUCCUGGCUUGUGGCUUUGCCUCAUAUUGCGACAUGCAUGUUGCUGCAGGGCGAGUUGGAGCAUGUGGCAGAACUUGUCCAGUCUGCAGAAGUUGUCGGCGAUUUGACAGCGGCUUUCGAAGCUUGCCAGGACUGCAAAAGGCGCUUCGGAUGCUUUUUGGUGUGUCACUUCGUUCUGGAUGGACUGUCGCUGCUUACAAGCCUUGCAGCAGAUGCAGUUCUGGCGCUGAGAAGACCAGCAUUCCACUGCCGGGACACCAGCGAUGCUCGCUGCUUUCAAUUGCUGUUGUUGAAUCUGGGUCUGAACCAUCCGCAGCUUACAGCCGGUUUUCUGUUCAUGCAGUUUGUUUCGCUCGUCGCUUUCCACGAAGCUGUCGAUGAUGCCGUGAACAGAUCUCGCCAUUCACCGAAUGAUCGUGCGAUUUUUGAGACACUCGUCUUAAGGCGAGACGAGCUGCAACUUCCAGUGAUGGGCAAAGUAUUGACUCGUCGAUGGUUUGCCCGCGCAGUCCUAACAUCGAUGAUCUCGACAAUGAUAUCGACUGCCAUGAACUUCGUGAAAGGUUUGAUUUCGGAAAGUCCCGACGCAGCCAGGCUGCGAUGA